AUGCAUCCCCAUUCUCUAAAUUCCCCGUGCAGUCGCCUUUCUUCAGCAUCCCCAUUCCCGUUCUUGCUCCUUAUCUUAGCCACUCUUCACGCCACCUCGCCAGUAAGACCAGCCGAAGCAGUCAAAACCACCGUGUACCGGCACGCAGAUGUUCCCGACGCGUUGCUCCGAUUACAACAGAACGCGCGAUCGCUUAUCGAGCUUCACGAGUCGUACUAUCAACCACAGCAGGUCCGGCAGCAGUCGAGCGGCAAUGCUUACCACCAGCAGCAGCAUGGCGUCGGGCGGCAUCUGCUGCAGUCGGUUCUGUCGCCAGACGGCUCGACUGUGGUUAAUGCGACAGGCUCGGUUCUGGCAAAUGCGACGAUUCUGCUUGCGACGGAUCGCACGCGUCGCAUCAACCCUAUUAACGAGUUCAAGUACUACAUCGGCGGGUGGAACUUGUCGUCUGACGACUACUGGGCCUCCGUGACAUUUUCCGUGGUGUACGCGCCCGUGAUCGGCUUCGCGUGGCUGCUGCUGGGAGUGGGCUUCGUGCUCUUCCUCGUGUCGCUCUUCCUCUUCUGCCGCGCGCGCUGGGACGAGAUGCGCGACCCCGCCGCGCACGUGUACUCGCCGCAGAACAUCUCGCUGUUGCUUUACGCGCUCGUCGUCGGCAGCAUGAUUGUCAUCACGGGGUUCGGCCUGAUGAUUGCCGGGAGCGUGCAGCUGAACGACAGGCUGGGCGAAAUCGGCGAUUACACGAUUAAGGUUACCAACGCGACGACGACGGCGGUGUACAACGUGGCGUCGGCGAUCCAGGUCACCGCGGGCACGCGAAUCAACGAACAGCUCUUGCAGCCGGAGCAGCGGCUGCAGAUAUUCGAAUUCUCCAAGAGGGUGACGUCAGCGGCGCUCGAGCUUAACGACAAAAUAACGAACAGUGACUCGGAGCUGCGAGACUUCGGGAAGAAAAUGUCCACCACUGUGUUCGUCGUGGGGUGCAUCGCCUUUGCCUUUGUGGUUCUCACUGUCGUGGCGGCCAUACUCCAGUGGGCCACCUUCUCUCACGUCAUGUGCACGCUCGUGUGGGUCACAGCCUUUGUCACCUGGUGCAUCGUGGCUGUCUUCCUCACCGUCGUCACCGUCAGCACAGACACAGAAUCAGCAGUGAAGGAAGUCACGCUGUACCCAUCCCUCAACACCGCAUUCAGCCGCUGGGUACCGUGCCUCAACGCCACCAAGCUCGGCGACGCGGCUAGAUUUGCCCGCUUUGCUGCCUAUGACGUCAUCACCUUCACCAACGCGAAUCUUCAAACCACCUACCCCAAGGUCUUCCCGCGUCUGAACGCGACAGCAGGCAUCUGCUCGCCCUUUGGCCCGGGUCCUGACUAUCUCUACAACGACACUGCCUGCCCGCCCAACUCCAUCUCCUUCCGCCAGUUGAAAGACCUGCUCCCGGAGGUCACCUGUCCAGACUUAGGCUGCCCCAAGGGCAAGGAUGGGAAGCCGCCAUUGGACAUGAUGCCAGCAGCAGUGGCCAAAGACGUGCGCCUCGCAUGGAUCUCCGUUGACCGCCUGGAUGGCUCCGUGCCGCUCGUGGCCGCCCUCUCCAACUGCUCUCACGUCUCCAGUGUUGCCAGGUACGUGGGAGGGGCAGCAACAGGAGUGCAGAGUGCAGCAGUGCUGCUGUGGACGGGAGCCAUGGUGCUGGCUGUGGGAGCCAUGGUGGUGGCCGUGGCGGCUCCCCUCUAUGUCUUCCGUGCCAUGCGCUGCCUGCCCGAUGGGGGCAAGGGUGCCGACAGUAUGUACAAGCAACAGGACGACCCAGCCCUAUCCUCCGUCAUGGUGGGACCUCCAGUCCUAGCCUACGCCGCAGGCUCGGCAGCGACCCAUCAUGCCUUACAGCAGUCCUCCUCCCAACCCUACUCCCAAAGCUCCCAACCCUACCCCCAAAGCUCAUCCCACCCUUACCCUCCCCCACCACCAUACUCAUUCGCGCAAUACACAGCCCCACCCACCUCCGACCCUCUCGCUCCUCCCGACCAAUCACACGCGCACACCCAAGCCCCAGAAACCGAGGCUUUGGCUCGGGAUGCCUCAAUGCCUCGAGACCAAUCAUUGCCGUACGACCCGUCCUUCCCACGCGAUUCCUCCCUUGUCAACGAUUCUUCCCAGUCGGCCCUCCUGCAACCGCAAAGCGAUGCGUCGGGGAGAAUAACUGCAUCUGCCCAACCGGGUAACACAGUGGUGCAGGGAGCAGGUCGGAGUACCAUAGGAGGACCUGGUGGGAACAAUAGUAGCCCGUAUAACUUGCCGACUGGGUUUGGUGCAAGCGGAUACGGAAGUAGCUAUGGCUCCGCGACGGGCCUCGCGGUUUUCGUCAGCCUCUUCACGUCCUACUUGAACCCCUGGGACGAGGACGACGACGCGCAGCAGCACUGGCAUUUUCCGCCGAAGGAAUCUGCAGAGGCGCGUCGCGUCCGCUGGGCACGCCACAUCCGACAGAGAUUAAAGACACUCGUGCCGCUCGAGGAGCGCGUGCAAGGCAAGGCGCCGUGCACCGCGGAGCAGCUGAUUCGUGAGAUUCGCUCCGCACGGAAGGGGAACCAGGAGCGCGAUCCUGGGCUAGCAGCAGUGGCGGCGGAGCGGGAGCGCGAGCUCGUGCGGCUGGCGCUGGUUCAGCUGCUGGUAGAGUCGGGCCCGCCGCCCGCUCUCUGCGCCAUUCCGGAGGCGGAAGACGACACGGGGGAAGCAGAAGGCGUCCUAAACGAAAGAGGGGAUGAUGCGGAGGAAGCGGAAGAGUGGGCGGAAUGCAACAGCGGUGUGGGCUCCGCGCUGCUGCGUAGAAACAGAGGGAUGGGCGGAAAAUCGCGCGGCGGUUGCGCACAGCGGGGGCCGGCGGAGGAAUUUGUGGCGGCGGUGGCGGAAAUGGAGGGCGCGGACCCCGUGUUCGCGCUGGGCCCGCGGUACGCCACGCGGCGCGUAGUGCGAGAAGCACUAGCGCUUCUGUCGGAAGGCUCCGCAGUUACGGCCAGUGACGGCUGA